UUAUAGAUAAAAUGCAACUCUGCCAUGGAGGAUGCAAAAAAGAAUGCAAAUUAUGACGAGAGUUUCUCGCUAUUUUUGAUAAAAGUAGUUAUAUUUUGUAGUGUAAUUUAAUAUUUAAAUGGAUGAUAUACUUUUUCCAACACAAAGUGCUAAUAACGAAGAAGUUGAAGAUGAUGAGCUACGUUUGUUUGAUUUAAAUAAAAGUAGUCAAGAUGAAAACUCCAAGUUGAAUGAUGAAAAUAGAGACGCCGAUAAUGACGGCCUGGAUAUUAGUUUUGAUUUGAAGGAAGAUAAAAUUGAUGGCGAUACUGAAGAGCCUCCCGCGAAAAAACAAAAAACACGUAAAGAAAUGGAAGAGGAGGAACGUGAACGCAUGCAAGUGCUGGUAUCUAAUUUUACAGAAGAUCAAUUAGAUCGCUAUGAAAUGUACCGACGAUCCGCGUUUCCAAAAGCCGCUGUGAAACGUUUGAUGCAAACCAUUACCGGCUGCUCUGUGUCACAGAACGUUGUCAUAGCCAUGUCAGGCAUUGCUAAGGUUUUCGUUGGUGAAAUUGUAGAAGAAGCACUAGAUGUUAUGGAAACAGGUGGAGAAACGGGUGCGCUAACACCGAAAUAUCUACGUGAAGCUGUUCGACGCUUGCGACUGCGUGGGAACAUGCCUGUGGGUCGAUAUUCUAAAGCAGCUUUCCGUUUAAACUAGCACCAAAUUACAAAUUGGUGUAUAUCUAUGUGGACGUGAAUCCGAAAAGAAUAUAUACUCGUCUAAGAAGUAGGAUUUAAAUGGAAGCAAAAAAAUAAUGCAAUAAAUUACGGCACAAAGUAAUAUUUUAAUGGACAUAUUUUUCAUGACCGCAAAUGUAAUAUUUGAAACCUAUUAACUAUGUAUGAAAGAUAAAUUUGAUUAAAUAAUACAAGAUAUAUAAAUAGUUAAUUAAUAGUAAAAAUUGCAACUUCAAUAUACAAUAUACUAUAUUUAUAUGCACACAAAAGCUGUUUUGAGACGCGGUUUUGAACGUAAAAUUGUAGAAAACGACUAUAAUGAUGUCAUGAGCAUAAUUGGCGCCCUGAGCAUCAAAUGUUUUGUGAUCAGUAGGCGCCAUUCUGCUGGUGGCACCCGGGCAUGUUAAACCCCCCACGUUACGCCAUUGCUUCGAACUUACAAUGGAAAUGAAUUUAGUUUUAGAACCUAGAGUCUAGUAUAUAUAAAUAUAGUAAAAAUUUAUAUAAAUAUAGUAAAAAAAGAAAAAAUAAAGAAUUAUGACUUACUAGUUGCUAUGUAUUCUAUUUUGCUUUGUGAUAAAAAUCGAAUAUAUAUGCAUUAAAAGUUAGUAUCGAUAUUUCUUCCAAAUAUAAUCAUGUUUUGUAACAUGAUUAUAUUAAUAUAAUAAUAAAUAUGGUAAUUAUAAAUGGUUUCAAAGAAAAGUCCAGCUCUGCAGUGAACUAGUUUUUUGUGAGCAUAUUAUAUCUAAAGAAAUAAAUUGGAAAAGCAGUUGUUUUGGAAAGCAGUUGGCAGUUGGUCUCUUCAGAAAUGGAUUAUAUGAAAGCCAUACGUAACAGAUCGAAAUUUCUUAUAUGUAAUAUAUGUAAUAUAAUGGUUUAAAUUUUAUUAAUUCCUGUAUGUUGAAAUUUAUAUAGACAAUAUAACUAUAAAUAAUUUUCUAUAAUGUAUCAAUGUUUUUUUUAUCUUUUAACUUUCUUUUAUUAUUUAAAAUGUAAGACAGCAAAUGUAAUGAUCUAAUUUUUUUUAGUAUUAAUAAACAUAAAUUU